UUGGAAGAAGAAACCUCAAGAAUUUCCUUUCCUCAGAGCUUACCAGACUUCUAGAGAGAGAGAGAGAAAAUUUUUUAUAAGAAAAGUGAUUUUUUUCACCGAAAUUAAAGAGAAACGCGCUCAAAGGUCUCUUAAGAUCGGAACCUGAAAUGGAUUAGGUUUCUAGGGUUCGAUCUAUCCUCUUUCGUUUGAUUGUAUAUUUGUUUGUUUAUUUGUCGCUAACUGUUCGAUUUCGGAUUCAAUUUAACGAACAAUAAAUUUAUCGUUCUAACCCGCGAUUGUGAUUGGAGGCUGUGAAGAAUCAGUCUUUAGGGUUUGGUUCCAUUCAAUUAGUGGAAAAACGAUGAACGAUCAGUCACAGAUGAUGAAUCAGCAGCCUUCGCAGAUGUUGAACCAGAUGAUCAGCCAGCCCCCGCCUCCCCAGAUUCAGAUGAUGGCUCAGUCCCAAGCUCAGCAGCCUCAGAUUAUGAUGAUGAACCAGUCUAAGCAGCAGUCGCAGCCUCUGCCCAUGUUGAACCGGGGAUACAACAAAGUGUGGCCCCAACACGCUUCGAUGGAUCAUCCUAGCAAUAAGUUUCAUAGUUCUUCUUCUUUGAAGCCCAAUUACACGGCGGCUUUAAAGCCUGGUCGAAGCAAUUGGAAGGGCAAGAAGGUGCCUGAUAAGCACAAGAAUCCGAGACGGAUGGAGAAAUCAAUGUCAAUUCCCAUGCCGAUGCCAAACCCGGCGAUAACCGGUCCGAGUGGUAGUGGGGGAGGGUACAAACCCCCGGCUCUUUACGAAUUGCAGUCCCAGAAUAGAUUUAAAUCCCGGAAAUUCCACCAGAAGAAGAAGUAUAACAAUCGGGUUGCGCCUUAUGCGCCUAGGAACACGACGUCGUUUAUAAUCAGGGCAAAGAAGACUGGUGGGAUUGCUGAUCUGGUGUCCCCGUGUCCUGUGACGCCGGCGGUGCUCCCUACGCCAAUAUUCUCCCCCUCGAGGGAAGUGUUGGGGGAUAUGGCAAAGGAGGAGUGGGGUGUUGAUGGGUAUGGGUCAAUGAAAGGGUUGAUUCGACUUCGGUCACCGGGUGGGAAUGAACACGAGGAAGAGGAAGAGGACGAGAAUGGUGGGUCGAGUGAGAGUGAUGUGGAGGAGCACGUGGAAGUGGAGAGGAGGUUGGACCAUGACUUGAGCCGCUUCGAGAUGAUAUAUCCAAAUUACAGUGGGUUUGAGUACCAUAAUGUUUUGGAGAAUAGGGUUGAUGAUCAGGAUUCACAUAUAGCGCAGUUGGAGGAGGAGAAUUUGACGUUGAAGGAGAGGCUUUUCUUGAUGGAGAGAGAGCUGGGGGACUUGAGGAGGAGGUUGCAAUUCCUAGAGAGACAGAACCAAGUGAUGGGGGAUGUGAAUGAGGAGGUGGUGGAGAAUGGGUCUGAAAACGAAAGCGAGGGGGGGUUGGAUGCCCCAGCUUUAAUGGGUUUCGAGAAUAAUGCAGACAUGGAGUAUGUGCCUGGAAAGGGAGUGAAGGAAAGAACUACUGAUAAUGAGAAUGAUGUGGCAUCGGGUAAUGAGGGUGUAAGCGGUGUUUGUAUGGAAGAGUUUGAAGAAAGGAAUGAGCUUCUACCGAAAGAAGUGAUUGCCGAUGAAAAUAAGCCUAAAGGUGAACAAAUUGUGAAGGAAAAUGUGGUAAAGGAUGCGGAUAUGAGGACUGAGUCUGUAAGGAAUGAAGUCAUUGCAGUUGAGAAUGACGCCAAGAAUGAAGAACGAAGGAACGAGUUAUUACCAAAUGAAGCCGCCAUUGCAGAGGAGGUCAAAGUUGAAAAGGUUGCAAAUAAAUUUGUGUCUGAUGUAGAAUUGACUUCGGUCAACGAUGGGACUGGAAUUGAGAAGGCAAUGGAUAAGAUUGUUGUGGGGGAGAACGAGUUCACGAAUGAGGAACUGAGGAAUGUGUUCUCAGAGAAGAGCAUUGGCGACGGUGACUAGUUUGUCCCGCGUUAAUUUGCUUGUGUGCUUGUGCGGGGGGGAUCUGCUAGUUGGUAAACGUCCUGUGUAAAUGGUUAUGCUUUUUGCAGUCUUCAAUAAAAUUUUUCAUUUCUAACCGUGGCCUCUUACUUUCCAAUGGAGAGAUUAAGGUAGAUCAGAUUAAAUUUUGAUGGAUCAGCUGCAGAGGGUUAGAAAUUCUUUCGAUUCAACGCCUUCAUUUUUAUGCUCAUAAUGAGUUUACUUGAAUUUUCUGGCAGACAUUAGAGUCCAAAGGCCUCCCCACUACUUCAUUAUAUGAGGAAAGUUUAUGCAA